UAUGGCCAGUCCUCCGGGAUGGUCCGAGAUGUCAGUAGCACCUUUCAGUGAAGAUAUAACGUUAUGUAUUGUUAUGUUGUACCUAAUUCAAGAAGUAACGUUACUUGCAUGCCUAGUAUACCUGUAACUUGUAUGUCCCUACGAAUCUAUGACAGCUUUGCAAGUUCUGACUAGCUGCAAUGCGUAUAUUUCUCGCAAAGCGUCGCUCCUAACAGGUGUGCUGCUCAGCGCACCUGCCUAGCGGGGCGGCCGUCACCUGUGUUGCCAUGGUAGCGGGACGCAUGCCCUUUGCGCUGUCAACUUGUUGAUCGGAGUUUUCCCCCAUUGUGUGCGUUGUAUCCAACAUGGGACACAUGAUCCCGCCUUGCAUUGUGGCUGGCAGAGGCAAGGAUCGGCCAGGUAGACUCGACAAAACCCUCUGAGGGCCGGCUAAGACGCCUUUUUAACCGAUUUUUCAAUCCGUUGGGCUUUCAAGAGUCUCACGACACUCUCAACUGUACCGCCAAGGUCUUAGGAAGUCUCGAGUUCAGUGCAGGUGCUAUGGAAUUUGGACCUUGAAGACACGGAAGCAGUUCCAUACAAGACGUUAUGAAUCCAAUGAAGGGGUUCUUGAAGACUCCUAACGGGGUCUUCACCCUUACCAAGGAGCCCAUGACUGUUGGGAAGGGGCAAGGCUGUGAGAUCACACUGAAGAACCCCCAUGUGGAGGAUCACCACGCUGUUAUCCAGCUGAACGAGCGUGACCACUGCUUCGUGCUGCAGGACCUGAAGUCACAGCGCGGGACGUACGUGAACGACUGUCGCGUUCCCACCGGAGCAGUCCGACUGGCUCCAGGAGAUGUCAUCAAGUUCGCGGGAGAAGGAGAAGGCUACGAACUAGAGGUUUACUACCCUCCAGUGUACCAACGUCCUGCCUCCAAUCUGCCCAUUGCCAUCUCCACGUCAGCCACACCGUCCCAACCCUGGGCAGGCAAGACCCAACCCAAGCCAUCUGCACCGCGGAUUCUGAGCAGGAGGCCCGGACACAGCUCUCCUCCUCAACAACAUCCCGACACAAACUCCCCUCCCAAACCACCGCUGCAGGCACCAGCCUUCGCUAGACGCCCGGCACCGCCCGGCGCUGGCUCGGAGACCGUACCACCGGGGAUGUAUACGACAGUGGAGCCUCUGGGGGUGGGGAGAACCAUGUCGGAUACGCUCAGCGUCAGCAGACAGAGCCUGCCCAGUCAGCACAUGCUGCCCAACCUGGGAGGCCCCGUCGUACACUCUACUCCGUAUAGAACAGACUUGAACCAAUCGUGGCCCAGUAGCAGGAGCAGUACGUCCAGCCAGCCUUAUGUAGUGGGGAACCAAGGCAGCAGUCGGAUGGAGAGAUACAGGCCACAGUCCCCAGACAGAAACAUGUUACAUCCAGGCACCCAGGCCUGGGCACGGCCACAGAGUUCCACCACUCAGUCCUCAGGCAUCGGCAGUGGCUCCCACAGUCCUGCUGUCAGCCAUGUGGGACACAAACCUACCACAGCACCGGCUGAAUGGAUGACAAAUGGUGGCAUCAGACCUGCAGGACCCUCCGGCUCUCCGCGCAAUGGCAGCCUCAGUAGCAACGAGAGUCUGAAUUCCACACCAAACAGUUCUCCUAGAGACGAGCCCACGUCACACGGAGACCUGGCAGCCAAGAGAAUAGGUCUGUCUGGCUCUGAGAACAGUGGCCUGGCUAGGGACAGGGCUCAGGACGCCAUGCAGAAAAAGUUCUCACCUCCGAGGGUUAAAACUGCCGUGGGGGGCAGGAAAAUAGGCAUCACUGACAGGAGAAGAUACAGUCAUGACAUCCUCGGUUCGGGGGAUACCGGUGCCUCUUUCCUUGGUGAACUCACAGAAGAAAUGAAUGGACAUGUGUCUGUCAGUCAGGAUGCCUUGAACUUCACUGGUGGAGACGUUAAUCAGCAAAAUGGCCAUGACUCCCCAAGAAAUGUCCACGUUCCCUUUGAGGAUGGUUUUGAUGCUUCUCCAGCCAGUCCGAGGUUUGGACAGUCUUCUGUGGAAGUCAGUAACAAAGCCAUGGGAGUAGAGGAAGAUGGUGGUUUUACUUUGAAUGGGUCUGUAACACACAGUUCCCUGAACACUGGUACAAGGUUAUUCAAUGGAGAGGUGCUGAAGGCAAGGACACUUGAGGAGAAGGACCAGUACAUAGCUGAGCUAGAAGAGAACAUGUCCAGACUGCAGUUACUGGAGGAGGACUCACGAGACAAGGACAACACCAUUCUAUCAUUGACGGAGGAGAUUGCACAGUUAGAAGGAGCCCUGUUACAGGCACAGGGCAGCGGAGACAGCGAAUCCUUCAUCGCUGAGAGACUGUUUAUUCUGGAGAGUGAGGUGGCUCGCAAGAACAACGAACUAGCCAGGCUUAGACAUCAGCUUGGCUCAAUGCAGGCAGACUCCUCAGUGUACCAUGACAGUUAUGAAGCCAUGAGGUCAGAGUUGAUAGAACGGAACCAGGAGGUCUCCUCGCUGCGAGCUGACCUGGAAAGGACCAGUAAGAACUACAACAUGUCAGCAGGCACUGUCAUGUCCCUAAGGAGAGAGGUGACCAGGAAAGAUGAACAUAUUGCCAAGCUGAAGAAAGAGAUGGACAAGGUUAAGAAGGAACUCAGAGAGAGGGAGGCAGAAGUAGAACUCAUGUCAACCAAGUUCUCCAGACUGAGAGAAGACAAGAAAAAGUCUUCAGCUGACGAAAGCUUCUCCUUGGAGAAAGAAAUCAUCAACCUGAAGAACACAUUGAAAACAGUUGAGGAGAAGGCAGCUGAGCAGGAGCAGCAGUUGAAGAAGUACAGGGUGGACAUGGUGAGACUGAGGAUGCAGAGAGCAGCUGACAAAGAGGUCCACACCAGGCUCCAGUCGGAGCUGAAUGAGAACAAGUCGUUAGCCCUGUCCAGCCAGCACACCGAGCAGCAGCUGCGGGUGGAGCUGGAGUCCACCUCCUCUCGUAUGGAGAGACUCCGCAGCAAGAUCAUCCAGGCUGUGUACGGGGCACCUGCCAAGGCCAACAAAAAGAAGCCAUCUUCCCUUCUAUCAGACAACGACGUCCUGACGAACCUCCAGCGGUUAAUGGACGAGCGCGUGGCGUGUCAGGACAUCCUGAAACGUGUUAAAGAGAAGGGAAAACUGGACGAAGCCACGAAGAAAGAGAUGACACUGAUGCUGAAGGAUCAGCUUGGACCUCCUCCCUCUGCCAAAGGGAACAAAGGGAAAUGAGAUUAAAGAGCACAUUGAUUGGUAGAAAUCAAUAUUGAUUUUUGUGUAGAAAGCUUAAAUCAAAAUGCAAUGAGAACAGAAAUUUACAUUAGUAAAGCCUUGAUUCUUCUUGAGACCUAUGAAUGUUUUAAGAUGCAGGCCUAGGAACCUUGAACAAA